AACAAGGGACAUCUAACUAACACAAAGAUGUUUGAAUUCAUCACGACUUUUGUCUCGGUAGAAAAAUAAGAUGACCAGAUCAUCGAAAUUUAAAUGGCUGCUUCACGUCAUGACUAUUACAACGAUCUUCGAACUGGGGGUAUCGUCAUUUAUUUUAUCGCCGAUUCAGAGUCAAAAUCGUGACCCUAGCAUUGCCAUUGGAUGGAAUUUUCAUCAUGAAAAAGCCAUUUCCUCCAUUUCGAAGAAAAUAAUAACCAGGAUUGCCAGUUCUAGUGUAUCAUCUCCUGAUGGAAAUAUCACAGCUCCAUCGCAAGUGAGUCCCAAUAGCAAUACCAACGAGUUAGUGGAAAUUCCAAUCAUUGGUCCUCUCUUGAACGUUCACAAACCAAUAAUUGUCGGCGAUUCAAUAUGGUUAGAUCCACCUACUCCUUUACAGUGGAAAACAAUUGAGGCAUCUGUCGAAGCAAAACACGGUGGCUCUAUCUUCAAUUGGAUAUCAACGACAGUUUCGAAUACCAAUGAAAUGGUGAUGAGCAAAAUCAACCUUGCCACAACAGAUCAAUCCCCAUUGGUUGCUAUUCUUCACAAUGGGGGGAAAGAUUACGCAACAAUUGCUGCUGUUGAAGGGAUUCUAACAAAGAAUGUCGGCUCGAUCGAUACGAGUGAUUCCGAAAGCUUUCGAGAAUCAUUGGCGAGUUUGAAUUCGCCCUACUACAGUGAUUCUAGUAAAGUACGAUUAUUUGCUAUCGGGAGAGCUAAAAUCAGUCAUCAUCAAACUAAAUUCUUGACAGGCGGUUUUGAAUAUGACGACAAUCAAUGUAUAGGGAGCACCGAUAUCAAUAGCUUCAAGUCAGAGCCUUUGCUUGUCGCUCGCAUGGGGUUACUGUUGGACUCUGACAAAGAGGGAAAUAAAAAGUCGUCCCCUGUCCAUGCCUUGAAUCGUAUAUCUAGCUUUGCUCAGCGUGUCAGGCUUCUACACGACGAUCGACAACACAUUGUCAGAGGUUUACAGGCUGCUCAGUCAAGACUUGAAAUAGCCAUGGAGAAAUGGGCUGACUGGGACGGUAUUGGGUCCCUCAAUGCCAAUCAAGAAACGGACACAUCAACUGAAUCGAAUUCUUACGACCUAGAUGGUGUACUGAAUCAAUUCAUUCGAGAAUACGACACUGAUGAGAGGGGGUCACUGUCCAUACCAACGCACUCACUUCCCCUCUCACCAUCUGCAGCUAGGUGCAUAGAGCUAGAUAACUAUGGCUUGGGCACAACUUCUAGCGCGUACGUGCCCCUACCGUCGAUGGUGAAUAUAAUCAUGGAAAGACUAGAAAAAUACUAUUCGCCUGAACGAUUGCAGUCAGAAGAGUUUGAAUAUGAGUGUUUGUCAUGGUGCACUUUGCAAUCGUUGCAGACGUACCUAAGCUCCGAGGAAAUUCAUGAAGCUCUUUACGAGUGCACUAACACGUGCGACCGACUUCAAUUGUUGUAUGAAGGAAUGCUUCGACACAAAACAGCUUUGACGGAGCUAGCAGUAGCAAAAAGCACAGAACUCAGGAACUGCGGAGAAGAGUGCGAUUUGUUUUAACUGAUGAAAAAAAUGAAAUUUUUGUUGCUCCAUGUCAACGCAGAACAAAAAGCAUUGGCCUUCGCUCUUUUGACGAGAAUAGCGUCGGGUUGAUUGAACAUUUCAUAGAUUCAAUGCUAUAAUAUUUUCAGUUCGUCGAUUAGGAUGAUUUCUAAGCUUCAUGGAUGUUCUGCUAUCAUCACGACACUGGGGGCAUAACCAUAGUGAUUCCUAACUUUUAAGAAAAGAACACCAUAGUGGUAUUACGAACAACACAGGCGCAGAUUUUAAGUUUUGAAGACGAAUUGGGAAAAAAGACAUUUUUUGGUGCGAUCCCUUCAGGAGACGCGGGCAAGCAACAGAGAAACACCAGCAGUGCCAUAGAAGAGAAAGGGAGUAAGUGAAGGUUUUAACUGUUGCGAAAGUGAAAAUGGACGGACUCUCUUCGUUUUUUGCCGCAAAGUAAUUUCACGUUGGAGUGACUGAGAGAAACAGAAGUCUUGCAUCAUCAAAAAUUUGCGUACUGACCAUAUCCUUGCCAGAUGGGAAUACUUUUGGUUCUGACAAGUAAAAAUCUGCUUCCCAAUGUAGCUAAGGGGAAGAAAGGAUACUAAAGAGAAAAAAUAAUGAAUCUGAGAAGCUUGCAUUUCAAUCCAAGAAUGAAAUAUGAGUUUUUGUCACAGAAUAGACCAGAAGCAAUUUC